CCAAAGACUGUUCUUUAUCUUUCUAUUUGUUCUCUCACUUGUCCAUGAUCUGAAACUGUAAAACAUUCACCAGGUAAUAUUCGUUACAGCAUGGUGCAUAUAUGCAUGGAACGACGCGAGUUGAGACGCAGUGCAACGUUUGGAGAGAAGUGGUAUAGUGGUUGAGCAGCAUUGCAAGGUUACCGGCCAACUAUAAUAACAGUUACUAGCUAGCUCAGUAGUCUCCCCAAUUCUACUGUGUGGAGGAUUUUACGAUGACAAACUCCUCCGCAGUGUCCAACAACAGACUACAGGGCAAGGUAGCCAUAAUCACCGGCGGUGCAAGAGGCAUAGGCGAGGCCACGGCGCGCCUUUUUGCCGAACAUGGCACACGCAUGGUCGUGAUCGCCGAUAUCCAAGACCAACUGGGUCACCAAGUAGCCACAUCCAUUGGCACAGACAAGUGCAACUACGUGCAUUGUGAUGUUACCGACGAAGACCAAGUCAAAACCAUGGUGGAAUCUACCGUCCAGAAACAUGGCCAGCUCGACAUCAUGUUCAGCAAUGCUGGGAUCCUAAGUUCCUCCGACCAGACAGUCCUUGAGCUUGACUUUGCACAGUUGGACCGACUGUUUGCUGUCAAUGCGCGUGGCAUGGCCUUGUGCGUGAAACACGCGGCGCGUGUGAUGGUCGAAGGGAGCGAGAAGCGGAGUAUCGUGUGCACAGGGAGCGUGACCGGUUGUCACGGUGCGCCGAGGAGCACCGAUUAUUGCAUGUCAAAGCACGCGGUGGUGGGCCUGGUUCGGUCUGCCAGCGUUCAGCUUGGGGUGCACGGGAUUAGGGUGAACUGCGUGUCUCCGGGUGGACUCGCAACGCCGUUGACCACCCAGGCGCUAGGGAGGAGCGUGGAGGAGGUUGAGAAGGUGUAUGAGAAAUACAGGAGGUUGAAAGGGGUUGCGCUGGAGGUGAAGGACGUGGCAGAUGCUGUGCUGUUCCUUGCGUGCAAUGAGUUCGUGACUGGACAUGAUCUCCUGGUGGACGGUGGCUUCGUGUCUCCGUAGGUUGUUAAUGUUUUUUAAAUGGUAUUUCUUGUUUGAAAAAGUGUUAUAACGUUACAUAAAUAUUAAAAUAAAA